CAGUACGAUAUCGAAGUACCGGACAAAGCUUGCUCGUCCGCAUUGCCGCAUUCAUCUAUCAGCGUGUCAGGUCUAGUCGGCGAACAAUUUAGAGAACAAGUUCUGUGGCAAAUGAUGAAAGGGCGUCAUCAAUUUCGUCGUCGCUUCAGCCUACAACCUUCAGCGCACUUGAAAGAAGAACAGGAGGAUGGAACAACAAAAAAUGUCAGAAAUGAAAAACUAACGGAGUCGAACAGUAAUAGUGGAAAGUCAUCCGAAAGUUCGGUUCGGCACAAAAUUGUGGUGAUGGGCGCAGCAAAAGUCGGCAAGUCUGCAAUCAUCAAUCAGUUCCUAUACAAUACUUUCACCCCAAAGUAUAAACGGACUGUCGACGAGAUGUAUCAGGGGGAUUUCGACGUUUCUGGAAUUCAUUUAAUACUCGAUAUCCUCGAUACGUCCGGCUGGUAUGAAUUUCCUGCGAUGAGGGAACUGUAUAUUAAAUCGGCUGACGCCUUUAUUUUAGUUUACGACGUACAUGAUUUAAACACAUUUCUCGAGAUAAAAACACUCCGCGACCAGAUACAUAGCACGAAAGAAGCAGUUCCGAUUGUGGUCGUCGGCAACAAAAUCGAUCUUAUAGAGACAGAAAAAGAGGUGGAGACCGAAAAGACAAGAGAACUUGUAACCAUGACGUGGAAAAAUGGCUUUGUAGAAGUAUCUGCGAAAGAAAACCUCAACAUCUCUAAAAUAUUUAAGGAACUUCUUAUCCAAGCGAAGUUGAAAUAUGAUUUGAGUCCGGCAUUGCAACGUCGCCGUCGACAAUCUUUGCCGCCUCCGCAACAUCUGAAUUCGCGCAGCAGCAGUAGUACCCACGUGCCGUCCGCAACUCAGUUACAACAUUUGCAACAAAUUCGUGAGCGUUCCGAUUCCAAAAGGAAUUCCUGUAUCCUAUCAUAAGAACUUUACUAUUUGCAGCGUUCUACCCUCUCCACUUUUCCCUCACCAACUGACGCUGCGUUCGUCGUCCACGAUCCGGCCCGACUACGGCCGGCGCUACGUCGGCGAGCUUUGACGCGAAGCGAACAAGACAGCGAGAGAACUCAUCCGUCUCGCUUUGGUUGCUUGACAUCGCCUAAUCACCGAGCGAUCGAGAACGCUUUCUUAUCUGUUUCCAUUAUUCGGCGUAUACAGAGUGUCCGGAAAAUCGCCCGCAAUACUUCGGGAAGUGAUUCGGGACCUAAAAAGAAGGA